AUGCCCGCUCGAACCAACCGUGCAGACUUCGAGUCUGUUUUCCCCUCACUCGUCAAAGACCUAAGUGACCAUGCCGUUCAGUACGGUCUUCCGUCUGUAGCACGGGAAUGGUUUGAAAAAUCUAUCAAUGCGAAUACCCCUGGCGGAAAACUGAACCGGGGUCUCUCUGUUCCAGAUACUGGUCUCGCUUUGCUCGAAAAACCCCUGAAUGAUGAACAAUUCAAAGACCUCUGCACCCUUGGGUGGAUGACUGAGUUUCUUCAAGCUUUUUUCCUCGUUUCCGACGACAUAAUGGACAGCUCCGUCACCCGACGUGGCGAGCCAUGCUGGUACCGCCGCCCCAACGUCGGCAUGAUCGCGAUCAACGACGCCUUUAUGCUCGAAUCUGUCAUAUACGUUCUUCUCAAGAAACACUUCCGUUCACACCCCGCAUAUGUUGACUUCCUGGAACUAUUCCACGAAGUUACUUUCCAAACCGAGUUGGGCCAGCUCUGCGACCUGCUCACCGCGCCUGAAGACAAUGUGGACCUCGACAACUUCAGCAUGGAUAAAUUCAACUUCAUCGUCAUCUACAAGACCGCCUACUACAGCUUCUAUCUUCCAGUUGCCCUUGCACUGCAUUAUCUUCAGCUCGCGACACCGUCCAAUUUGCGCCAGGCACACGAUAUCCUAAUCCCACUUGGCCAAUACUUCCAGGCCCAAGAUGAUUAUCUGGAUGUGUUCGGCAAACCAGAGCAGAUCGGCAAAAUUGGCACUGAUAUCCAGGAUAACAAGUGCUCCUGGGUGAUCAACCAGGCUCUGAAGCGGUGCUCUGCUGAGCAGCGCAAGGUUCUCGACGAGUCGUACGGUCGAAAAGACGCAACCAUGGAAGCCAAGGUUAAAGCUGUUUUCAACGAGCUUAACUUGGAAAAAGUCUACCGUGACUUUGAGGAAGAGCAGGUUGACAAGAUCAGGACCAUGAUCGCCAGGCUUGACGAAUCUGAAGGCCUGAAGAAGGCAGUGUUUGAAUCUUUCCUCGCCAAAAUCUACAAGCGUGAUAAAUAG